GCCCUCCGCGGCUCGCCGCUUCCCAACCGCCCGCGACGGUCCGAGGCCAGGCAGCGGUGGGGAUGGCGAGCCGCGGAGCUAGGGCGGUGACGAGCGCAGCGGCUCCGCCAUUGGGCAAGGAGGCCUGAGGGACGGGCUGGCUGGGUGCAUAAGGACACCGGAACCGGCAGCCUCGGCAGAGCGAGGGCGAUGGAGGCCAACGUGCCGCCGAAGCGGAAGGAGCCAGCCAAGUCCCUCCGCAUCAAAGUCAUCUCCAUGGGCAACGCCGAAGUGGGGAAAAGCUGCAUUAUAAAGCGCUACUGUGAGAAGAGGUUUGUGUCUAAAUACCUGGCAACAAUUGGAAUUGACUAUGGAGUCACAAAGGUCCAAGUCAGAGACAGAGAAAUCAAGGUCAACAUCUUCGACAUGGCUGGACACCCCUUCUUCUACGAGGUCCGAAACGAAUUUUACAAGGACACCCAAGGUGUGAUAUUGGUCUAUGAUGUUGGACAGAAAGACUCCUUUGAUGCCCUUGAUUCAUGGCUGGCAGAAAUGAAGCAGGAACUUGGGCCUCACGGGAAUAUGGACAAUAUCGUCUUUGUUGUGUGUGCCAACAAGAUUGACUGCACCAAACACCGCUGCAUCGAUGAAAGUGAGGGGCGUCUUUGGGCUGAAAGCAAGGGGUUCCUGUACUUUGAAACAUCGGCACAGACUGGAGAGGGAAUCAAUGAGAUGUUCCAGACCUUUUACGUGUCCAUAGUUGACUUGUGUGAAAAUGGCGGGAAACGUCCUACUGCAAAUAACAGUGCUAGUUUCACCAAAGAACAAGCCGACACCAUUCGCAGGAUUCGAAAUAGUAAGGACAGUUGGGACAUGCUGGGAGUCAGACCUGGGGCCUCGAGGGAGGAAGUCAAUAAGGCCUACCGGAAACUGGCAGUGCUGCUUCACCCGGACAAGUGUGUGGCGCCUGGCAGUGAAGAUGCCUUCAAAGCAGUUGUGAAUGCCCGGACAGCCCUCCUGAAAAACAUCAAGUAGAAGGCAGAGGAAGCGACAUGCAGGCUCAAGUGCACACUCCCCUUGAGGUGACAUCACCAACAUGGAUUUUUCCUUCACAAAUGCUCA